CGCACUCUCUGCUCGUCUCCUCCACCUCCGUCCCCAGCGCACCGUCCUCCUCUCGCAAAAUGGGCCAGGCAGCAUCACAGCCCGCUCCGUCGACGCCCGCGUCAUGCCCCGUCGACCACAACGCACUCAAAGCAAAAGCCUCAGCAGGGCAAUGUCCGAUCCAGCAUGACGCACCUGCCGCCGCAUCCUCCUCCUCCUCCUCCGCCCCCGCGCAAUGCCCCAUCAGCCACGAGACCGCCGCGGCGCUCAACCCGCUGAACCAGAUGCCGACGCUCUCGCAGGCCCCCGCGGCGGACCAGAGCAUAGCGCUCCCGACGGACCGCUCGACGUCGUCCAUCCCGCGCGACACCGCCUCGCGCUGGGAGUACCCCUCGCCACAGCAGUUCUACAACGCGCUCGUGCGCAAGGGCUGGGAGACCCCCGAGGAGCACGUCGAGACGAUGGUGCAGAUCCACAACUUCCUGAACGAGGAGGCGUGGCAGGAGAUCCUGAAGUGGGAGCGGAAGGAGAAUCCGGGCGAGGACCCGCAGCUAGCGCGGUUCAAGGGUCGACCAGGUGAGCUCUCGCCGAAGGCCCGUUUCUGGUUGCUCGCAGGCUGGCUGCUCCCAAGUCGCUUUAACAAUGAACCGCCUUUCGAUCGCCAUGACUGGAUCGUCCGCCGCCGGAGUACAGGCGAGGAAGUGCGCUACGUGAUCGACUACUACUCGGCCCCGCCCGAGCCAGAUGGCUCGCCCGUCUUCUCGCUCGACGUCCGCCCGGCACUGGAUAGCAUCGGCAGCGUCAAGCAGCGCAUAGCGUUCGCCACGGAGGAGGCUUGGGCGUCGUUCAGGGAGAACAAGCCCACGGGUAUUGCGCGCGACUCAUGACGAGUUGAUGGCCGGCUGCACAGUGGUGCAAAUAGAGUACUUUAGAUCUGGCGUGUGUGAUGGGCCAUAGAGGGAGCAUGCCCUCCUGCGUUCUACUUAAUAUUAUGGACUAUUCACGACUACUACAU